GAUAAUCGGCGAGGGAUCCUUCGGGCAGGUGUACAUGGCCAUCAGGAAGGACAACGGCACACCUGUGGCAUACAAGAUCACUCGUAAAUCUGGAUGAGCAUUUGUGAUUUUGUACGGAGCACCAAGGAACAAAUACGAAACGAUCGACACAUUAUGUAAACAAUUCGAUAUUAACUGUCAACGCAGAGACUCUCGUGGUGGGGGCGUUGUGUUUCUGUCUCUGUCUAUCUCUCACGAAAUAUUGUCGCUUCGCAUCCGAUACGUACGAUCGCUAUGAGUUUUGAACACGUGCAUAAUAUACAGAAUAUUUUGGCAAUGAAAAUGAUCCUACGUAUUUUUCAAGCUAAUCAUUUUUUCUCUUGAAUUGCAAAUUGACAGAAAGGCCGCACGGAAAAGGAACUCACGUGCCUUCGAAGGGAGUGCGAAAUUCAUCGCAGCAUGCAUCACCCGAACAUCAUACAAAUGUUUGAUUCCUUCGAGACAGACAAACAGAUGGUCAUAGUUACGGAGUACGUGGAGCGGGAGCUGUACGUCAUCCUCAAGACCAACGGACGUCUCUCGGAGGUGUACUCGCAAGCCAUAGCCGGCGACAUGGUCUCGGCCCUGAAUUAUCUUCACUCGAAUCGAAUCGUUCAUAGAGACAUGAAGCCUCAGAACGUCCUGAUGAGCAUCGACGGCGUGGCGAAGCUCUGCGAUUUCGGCUUCGCGCGCAUGAUGAACGUCGACACGCACGUACUGACCUCGGUCAAGGGCACUCCGCUCUACAUGGCCCCAGAGCUCAUCGACGAACUCCCCUACGACCAUACCGUAGAUAUAUGGUCUCUGGGCUGUAUAGUUUACGAGCUAGUCUGCGGAGCUCCGCCCUUUCAAACGACGUCGAUGCGUAAACUGGUUCACCUGAUCAAGCACGAGGACAUCAAGUGGCCGGAAAACGUCAGUCCUCAGUGUCGAAGUUUUCUGCAGGGUCUCUUGCGAAAAAAUCCCAUGGAAAGAUUUUCCUGGCCUCAACUGCUGAGCCACUCGUUCGUGAAAAAUUGGAUUUUUUCCGCGACCAGUCACUACACGCCGGAAUCACCGACGAUGCCUCUCCCGACGACCAGUUCCGCUAAAAGUAAACCACAAAACGUUCAGAACUCGCUCGUGAGAUCCAACAAUCAGACCAACUUUGAACCAUCGUAUCUACGAAAGAUGCUCGAGAAGCAAAUAAAGAAACUGCAGUCGCAGGUUCUGAGGCGCAGCGAGACCAACAGCGGCUCCGAGGCUGAAAAUAUCGCCAACUGUGACCAGGUUCUGCAAAAUUUGAGCAUCCGCAUCUCAAGACACCUCAGCAGCCUACCGCAAAACCAGUCGGAUCAACGCGACGAACACAUCAUGCUACCGAUCUCCAAAGGAAAACUACAUCAGCAGCAGCAGCAGCAGCAGCAGCACGACGCCAAUUGCAUGGACGGUGCCGUAGCCAGCUCGAUCGGCCCGCAGCUGGCCAAGGAUCGAUCGCUCGACGCGCCGCCGCAGAACAACACGCGCGACCUCGCGGAGCGUCUCGCUCGACUCGGCGCCGACUGGGCGCCCCGCGACAUCGUCCAGCCGAUCGAGAACCAGGAGUGGGCCGUCUUCCUGCAGAAGACCAUGGAGGAGGUGAUGGAGGGCGAGAUCACCUCGCUGAUACAGGAGAACUGCAUGUCGGUGUUCGUGGCGCCGCUGAGAAAUCCCCUGGCCAGCUGCUGCGUGCUCGAGUACGUGGCUUGCCUGGCGGCGCUGGCCUUCGUCGCCGAGGGCGUGAGCGAGGACGAUCUGGAGACGAUUCUUCAGGUCUAUUUGGACACGAAGCUGGUGCCGAAUUUGCUCUAUGCCACCAAGUUGUUGAUGACGGAAAAGUAUCCCGAGAGCGACGCCUCGACCUCGACCUGCAACAACAAGUGGCGCUCUAACUUGAGCUUGUCGAACGAGGAACUGCAGGCUUUGGAGAGCGCGAUGCUGGUCGUGUGCCGGCUGGCGCACAUCAAGGACAACAAGCAGGCGUUUUUGAGACAGUUCUGCGACGCCGUAUGGGUCGUGCAAGACGCCACGGAGCUGCUGCAACAGUUACUGGGAUUGGAGAAACGCAAGCCACGCGUCGUCGCCGAUCUGCUCGCGGUAAUGAACGAGAUUUUGCGCUCGGAUACCGGUAACUCGGCUCUACUGGAUAUACUUAUUUUAGGCAACAGAUCAACGGACGAUACCAUAUCUCUGUUCACGAAGCUCUUGAUGCACCGGCAAGUCAAGCUUCGCACUCGAGCUUGCAUUUUCCUGUCGCUUCUGGGAAAGUCCAAUCGCACGACUCUGCAGCGAAUCUGGGGCAAUGGUCUGCGUGGGGCGAUGCAGGAUUUACUCCACGAUCCCGAUGAUUCCGCUCGCGAAGCAGCUAACGAAGCUAUUGCGAGCUUAAAAAAUCUUCCGUUUUACCAUCAGGAAAAAGACACCUGGAGUGUGAUAGAAAGUUGAUUAUUAGAUGUGUGUAGAGUAUUGACUGUAAAUAGUAAGGUAUUUUGUAAGAGUAAUAAAGAUUUUUAUACUGGUUUUUUA